AUGUCUUCAUACUCAUUUUGCGCGAUUUGCAAACGUAAUACCUGUGAAGGUAGAAGGCACCUGUACACCAAACUUCAUCAAGAACGUUUGCAGAAAAAGCUUGAGACUCAAAAGAAAGAAUACCAAAAAUACAAAAUUUUCCUAAAAGAUGUCACCUUUGUUCAUAACAUAAAUAAGCAACCCGAUUUUUGGUGUAUCUUUUGCGAGAAUGAGGUGAAACCGUUCCUUCAACCAGCCGACGAAAGACAAAUUGUUUGUAUGCAUAUUUUCGAACAUCUUGUGACCAAAGAGCAUCACUCUAGAGUAUAUAAAUACUUAAAAGACAAUAAUGCCGACCGAAACAUAGCAGAUCAGUUUGUAUUGAGAAAAAAUGCUAUUGAAAACUUUUAUAAAAGAAUUCACGCGAAACAAAGGGAAACGGAAACUAAAUCAACACAAGACAGAUCAAUUUAUGCAUCUGAAUCGCCACCCUUGGAGAAUUAUGUUCGAGUUGAUGGGCAUGGUAAAUCGAAGGUUUCGAAAUCAAAUAUGAAUUUGAUAAACACUGAGCAAGACAAAAGCACAAUUCAAACGCUGAAUGAUGGAUUAAUGGACAAAAUGGGUGAGGACGAAUUUGUUUCUAGGAAUUUGAAAAAACACUCUUAUUUCGAUGUCGAAGAAACAAGGGAGGUAUCUGAAGAUUUCAUACAUUCUCCAACAUCGUGGUUUCAAAGUAAGGAUGACAACAAUGUUCACACGAACAUUCAGAAAAUAGAAACUGGUCCAUCUUUGAAAAGAUUUAAAGCCUACGAAGAGGCCGAAAUCUAA